AUGGCUCCUUCAACCCCCGUCUACAUUGUUUCGGCCACCAGAACUCCUGUUGGCCAGUUCUUGGGCUCUCUUUCCAGCCUUAGCGCCACUCAGCUCGGUGCUCACGCCAUCAAGCAUGCUAUUCAGAGAGCUGGUGUCCAGCCUGAGGCCGUCGAGGAGGUCAUCUUCGGUAACGUCCUCUCUGCUGGUCUCGGCCAGAACCCUGCUCGUCAGUGUGCUCUCGGUGCUGGCAUUCCCAACUCGGUCGUCUGCACCACCGUCAACAAGGUCUGCGCUUCCGCUACCAAGGCCAUCAUCCUCGGCGCUCAAACCAUCAUGACUGGUGGUGCCGAUAUCGUCGUGGCUGGUGGUACCGAGUCCAUGUCCAACGCUCCUCACUACCUCCCCAACAUGCGCACCGGCGCCAAGUUCGGCAACCAGUCUCUGGUCGACGCUGUCCUGAAGGACGGUCUUACCGACGCCUACGAGGAUCAGCACAUGGGCAUGGCCGCCGAGGCUUGCGCCGCUGAGCACGGUUUCGACAGAGAGGCUCAGGACGACUACUGCAUCAGAUCUUACAAGAAGGCCCAAUACGCCCAGGAGAGCGGCUGGUUUGGUGAGGAGAUUGCUCCCAUUGAGGUUAGCGGUGGCAGAGGCAAGCCCAACAUCACCAUUGACAAGGACGACGAGCCUAAGAACUUCAACGAGUCAAAGACAAAGACUCUCAGACCUUCUUUCAAGCCCAAGGAUGGUACCGUUACUGCUGCCAACGCCUCUCCUCUCUCUGACGGUGCCGCUGCCGUCGUUCUCGUUUCUGAGGCCAAGCUCAAGGAGCUCGGCCUGAAGCCUAUUGCUAAGAUUCUGGGUUGGGGUGAGGCUGCUCACGAGCCCGCCAAGUUCACCACCGCCCCUGCCCUUGCCAUGCCCAAGGCUUUCAAGCACGCCGGUAUCAAGCAGGAGGAUGUCGACGCUUUCGAGGUCAACGAGGCUUUCAGUGUCGUCGCUCUUGCCAACAUGAAGCUUCUCGGCGUUAACGAGGACAAGGUCAACCUUCACGGUGGUGCCGUUGCCCUUGGUCACCCUCUGGGCGCAAGUGGUGCCAGAAUUGUCGUCACCCUUCUUGGUGUCCUCAGAGAGAAGAAGGGCAAGAUCGGCGCUGUCGGUAUUUGCAAUGGUGGUGGUGGUGCCAGUGCUCUGGUUGUCGAGUCAUUGCAAUAG